UAUAAAUGUACAAUGUGUGUAUAUAUGCUUAGGAAAUAAAAAAAUUACAAAAUAAACAUGUAAGAUAUAAAAAAGCAAUAAAAAAAAAAUAACAAAAAAAAUUCAAAACAAGUGUCAAAAUGUCAUCCCAUUUAUUGAAAAAAAAAUUUAUUCGAAAAAAAUAUAAUAACAAAUUUAACAUCAAUAGGAAAAACAAUAAUAAUAACAAUAACAACAAAAAUAAAAAUAAUAUCAAUAUUAAAAAGAGAACAUUCUAAUACCGUUAUUAAAUUUAUCUACCUAUUUAAAUCAAGGUCGAGUUCAACGUAAUAAAUUUUUCGUAAUAAAUUCCUCUCAAAAGAGUACACAUUAUAUGGUAACACCGUAGCGCCAUCUUCAUUAUUAUAUUAUCAUCUUUUCUCUCUAUUUACUACAAAGUAAAUAAAAAUUGUACAAGAAAAAAAAAUAAUAACAGCAAAAGAAUAAAAGAGAAAAAGAAAAAAGAUCAAUACAAAAUAGAAAAUAACAGAAUAAUAAUAAAGAAAAGAAAAGGAAGAACAGAAAAAAAUUAGAAAAACGAUUUCCGUUAUAUAAAUCUGUUAUAAAUCUUCUAAAGCAAUUUUACUUAUAAUAUAUUGAUUAUAUAUUGUUGUUUGUUGCUUUCUAUUAAUAAAUUUAUAUGUGUAGAUAAACUUUAUUUUGUAGAUAAAAAAAUUCUAUUACUACACAAUAUGCAAACACAUGUACGUAAAUAAAAUAAUAAGAUAUAAAUCGAAAAUAAAAAUCGAAUAUCGAAAAAAUACAAAGAAAAAAAAUCAUAAUAUGUAAACAGAAUGCAAAAACAAAAGAGGAAAAAAAACAAAAAUCGAUAAAUAAAUGAACAAAACAAUGACGAUGACGACUACGACGACGACGAUCAUAACGACAACGGCGGCAACGACGGCGACAACAACCACAAUAAAUAGAUUUUCUUUUUUGUAUCGAACACCGUUUCUCAAUAUACAAUAAGAAUUAUUGUCGUUUCUAUUGUAUUAAAAUAUAAGGAUUCAAAAGGAGCAAACAAAAAAAAAAAAACAAAAUUUAACUAGAUUUUUAUUAAUAAACAAUAAGAGCGAAUGAAAACAAAGAAAAGAAUUUAUUUACAUAUUUAUUUUAUAACUGCACACUCACAUACAUUUAUGGAAAUUUGUACAAGAAGAUAAAAAAAUUUUUUUUGUUUUCGUAUUUAAAUUUUCAACUUAAAGGAUAAUAUCGUAUUUGCCCAUACUCCGCCGAGCUUCAGGUCCUCUUAUGGAUUUUAAAUUUUUAUGUUGCUUUUUUUUUCGGUUUAAAUAGAAAUAAAUUUUGGAAUUUAUUUACGAAUGUUUAGCUAUUAAGGAUAGAAGAAAAAAAUCGAAAAGAAAAAGGACUAAAAUUGAAAGUUAAAAGAAUAAAUGAAAAUAAAAUAUAUCCUUUUUUUUUUAAUUCGAACAGAAAAAAAAAAAAAUAAAAUCGGAAUGGAAUUUCAAUAAUUUUUUUUUGUGUUUUUGAUUCUUUUUUUUUUCCGUAUAAAAUUGUUUUAUUUUUGUGAAAUGAAGAAUAAAUCUUCAUUUUCUCUAAUACAUUCUGAUACGUUUAUCUUGUCUGGUUUAUCUAAAAUGAUGGGAUCUUAAUAUAGAACACAAAAUAUAUCACGACAACAUUAUAUUAGUGUAUGUAUGUAUGCGUGUAUAUACAUAGGAAAAAUCACUUGAAUAAUCGAUUUAAAGCAGUUAUAAAAUAUGAGUCAACUCUCAUUUACCAAAAAAGAAGAAAAUUGUAACAUACAUUCUCUCUAAGGUCAAAAAUAAAAUCAAAAAGUGUACAAAUUCAAUUUUAUUCAACGAAAAUAAUAAACAAUUGCGGUUAAAAACAAAAGGCAAACAAAAGAGAAGAAAAGAAACAAAAAAGAAAAAUUAAAAAUUUGGACAAAAAAAUUUAUAAAUGAAGCUUCUACUAUCAACCUGUCGAUAUCCUUUUCAAACUUUUCUGCUGCUGACAGCGUUUCUAUUCUUUAACUAUUUUAUAUCAUCAACAAUUCAAAGUGAAUUGCUGUUAACAACGACAAUAAGAAAUAAGGCGACAAAAUUUGAAAUUGAAACUGAAACUGCAACAACUACAACAACAACAGCACCCACAACAACAAAUACAUUAUUGAAAAAUACAAUUUUGAUAACACCAAUAACAAAUAAUAAUAACAUUACAAAUUCGACAAAGGAUAUAAUAAAAGAAAAUAAUAAAAAAAUAAUAUUAAAAAAACCAAUGAUAUCAACAUCAUCUCCUCUUCAUAAUAAUAUUGUAUUAGAUGCUAAUAAUAAUAAUAAUAAUCAAUCUGAGGAAUUUCAAAAAGAAUCAAUUUUCAAUUCAUCAAUAUCAAAAUUAAUCAAAACAUCAAUAUCAAAUUUAUCAUUAACAUUAACAGAAUCCUCAUAUACGAUAACACCAAAAAUAAUAAAAGUGACAACAACACAAUUACCAUCAACAAUAAUAUAUGAUGGUUCAAGGACAAUUCAAAAGGAUAUUCUUAAAGAAAAAUUACAAUUGAUACAAACAAAAGAAUUUAAGAGAAAACUGAAAAAUUUUGAAAAAGAGCAAUUACUAUUGGAAAAAGAUAAAGAAAAUCAAAAUCAUUAUUAUCAACAGCGACAGCAACAGCAAGAGCAACAGCAACAAUCACAUUAUCAAAUUCAAUAUAAAAAUUCUAGUACUAUAAGAAAUAAUAGUAGUUAUCAUAAUAGUAAAAAAAAUAAUAGUAAUAUUAUAAGUGAUAACAUUAAAAUUCAACAUCGGCAUCAAUAUCGUAGUAUAAAAGAAAAUAUAACAAAAACAAAAAAUAAUAAUAAUGAUAGAAUUGGUGUAAUUUUAUUUAAUAGUGAUAAAAAUUCUAUCAAUACAACAACAAUUCAAUUGGGAUUUGAAAAAUUUUUGGAAUUUUUUCAACUUAAUUUGACUAAUAGAAGAGUAGAUUUUAUUAAAGAAAAUGGUCUUAACAAUUUAAUAAAACACUUGGAAAAUAAAAAUUAUACAACCAUAAUAAAAACAUUGCUAACUAAUGACAUCAGUGAAGAAGAAAAUGAACAAAAUAAUAAUAACAAAAAUUCACGUAAAAACAAUACAAAAACAAAUAAUUUCAAUAAUAAUAACCAAAAAUUUAAUAAUAAUAAUAACAAGAACAACAAUAAUAACAAUAAUAAUAGUAACAGCAACGGUAAAAACAAAAAUAAUAACAAAAAAAAAUUUAACCGUCAAAAACAUUUGAAUUCUAUUGAAUAUAUAAAAUCAGUUAGUAAUGCUGCUGUUGGUUUAUGUCAUCUUAGUCAAGGAUAUUUAAAGGACUUUAAUAAAACUGUAUUAAUGUGGCCGUGUCCAAAUAUGAAGACUUCUGGUGGCUCGAAUUUUUUACCAUCGUAUGAAGCAAUAUCCUUUGCUGUUAAAAGUAUCGUUAAAAAACUUGAUUGGACGGAAGCUCUUAUAUUAGUUCCAGAUACAAAUUGGGGACUGCCAUUGGCGAUAUCAGCAAAUUUAGAUAUUACUUAUCAAAUGGAAAUUGGAUCAAAAAAUCUUUUACAAAGCUCAAAAUAUAAAGACAAAAUUGGAAAAGUCAUAAUUGUUACUUCACCAUUAAAUGAUCCCGAUGUUAUUGAAAUAUUAAAGAUGUUAGAAAAAACAAUACAUACAAAUAUUCUAUUAAUUGAUAUUUAUGCAACAGCAUUUAAUUCAAAAAUAUUAUUUUAUAAAAAUUUAAUGAAAAUGAAACCAAAUUCAAAAUUUUUAUCAAAUAUUUUUAUUUUAACAAUUUUAAGUGAAAAAUAUCGUUUAUUUUUGGAUGUAGCAUUUGAAGAUGAAAUGAAAUCAGUAAAAAAUUUAUAUCAUACAACAAAAAAUAAUGAAAUAAAAAAUGGUGAUAGAAUUAAAAAUGAUAUUAAAGGAAAAUAUGAUGGUAUAAAAGAUGCUACAUUAAUACCAGAUUUUACAACAUUUAAGUGCCAAAAUUUACAAAAAUUAGAAGAAAAUACAAAAAGACUGUUGCAAAAUGAAGAGCAAUCAAAAAAUUUUCAAAAUUUAUCAUAUUUUUCAUCAUCAUCAUCAUCAUCAACGCCAUUACCAUCAUCAUCAUCAACUACAUUAUUAUCAAGAAAAAAAUCAUUUUUCUCAGAAUUUAAUGAAAAGAAUCCUUUUACACCCGUUGAAUUACUCGAAUUAUGUAAAUCAGAAAAUUUAACAAGUUUAAUUGAAAACGCUAACAAAGAUUGUACAACAACUAAUUCAAAGUUCAUACAAUUAAAAUGGAGAGCAUCAUCUGUUCUAACAGAAAAUAAUAAAAAUGAUAAUUUAUUAGUAACAUCAUCACAAUUACCAUCAUCAAAAUCAAUAUCAAUGUCAUCAUUAUCAUCAUCAAAUACAUCCCACCGGAAUAACAAUAAAGAGAAAGUAGAAAAAGAAGAUGAAAAUAAUGUGGAUGAUCAAAAUAAAUUUAAUUUCGAGAAUCGAAAUUUAAAUGAAAUCGAAACAAUCGUAAAGAAGAUUUGUAAAAAUUCUCAGACAGAUUUAAUUAAAUGGAAUAGUAAUAUUAGAAUACUUAAAGAUUUAAUUGAUUUUUUUCAUUUAUAUGAUUUUAUAGCAACAAAUUUAAUAACUACAUUACCAAUGGACACUAAUAAAAAUAAUAAUAAUCAUAAACACAAAAAAGAUAAUAAGUCUAAUAUUAUUAAUAAAUAUUCGACUGAUAUUGAUAGUAAUAGUGAUGACAAUAUGACAAUCUUGAAUAAAAUUGAUGAUUUUAAUAAUAAUAAUAAUAACAAUAAUAAUAAGAAGAAGAAUAAUAAUGUUGAUGAUAUUGAUAAUAAUGAUUAUAAUAGUAAUAAUAAAGGAUAUCAAGCUAAUGAUGACAACAGUAACAUUAAUAAUGCAGCAAAUCAAAUAGUUAAAUUUAAUUUCAUUGUUUUAGAUAUAAAUGAAAGAUGUAUUAAUAUUAAUGAUGAAAUUGAUGAUGAUUAUAUUCGAUUAAAUAUCGAUAUCAAUAAUAAUACUAGUUCAAAAAAUUUAAAUUUUAUGAUAAAUAAUAGUGAAAUUAAUGGUUCUAUUAUUGAUGGUAACGUUGAAAAUUAUAAUGAAAUAUACAGGAAUAAUGUGAUAAAAUCUAAUAAUAAAACAAUAAGAAAAGAAAAAUUCACUAGUGAAUGUAAUUUAAUGUGGAGACCAUUUUUAAUUUUGGAACAAAAUAAAUUUGAUUUAUAUGUUUCAUAUCCGAUACAUCCGCAAACAUGGGACUGGGAUAAUUUAAAUCCAAAAGAUAUUUUAGUUCGUUGUGGUACAUUUUGUUGGAUAUUAAUUGGAAUUGCUUUUGUUUUAUUAUUGAUUAUAAUAGUUGCAAGUGUUGCUCUGGGAAUUGCAGUUAGGAAUUAUUUACUGCGAAGACGUUUAUCACGUGGACCCAAUAAAAUUGUUCUUUCAGCAAAUGAUUUUGUAUUUCCAGUUGAAAAUAGGAGGGUUGACGAAGGUAUCGAAGCAAUGUUAUGCUGUUGGUUACAACAACUUCAAGAAUUUGGUGGUCCAGAAGUUGAUAAACCAGAUUUAUUAAAAGGUUCAAUAGGUUCAUUAAAAAAUUUAGGUUUAGUACCAACAAGUGGUACUGGUACAGGAGGUCAAACUGGCAGUGGAACUGGUGGUACUGGUGGUGGUAAAACAACAAAUUCUGGUAGUGGUAGUUUAGCACGUCAUAAUCCAACAUUUAUUGAUAUGAGAGCACGUUAUAAUGGUGAUUUGGUACAAUUAAAAGAAAUACCAAUGAAUGGUUCUGUUGAAUUAAAAUCCAAAGCUAUGGAUUUACUUGUAAUGGCACAUGGUUUACGUCACGAAAAUAUAAAUCCUUUAAUAGGUUGGUUAAGUGAUCCAUCUCGUACAGCAAUGGUAUUUGAUUUUUGUUCACGUGGUUCAUUACAAGAUGUUUUAAUUAUGGAUGAAAUAAAAUUAGAUUGGUCAUUUCGUUUAAGUUUAUUAACUGAUUUAGUUCGUGGUAUGCGUUAUUUACAUUCAACACCGAUACGUGUUCAUGGUAGUUUAACAUCACGUAAUUGUGUUGUUGAUGCACGUUGGGUAUUAAAAAUAACUGAUUAUGGUUUAGCAACAUUUUAUGAAGCACAAGGAUUACCACCACAACAUAAAAGUGCUAAAGAAUUAUUAUGGACAGCACCAGAAUUAUUACGUAAUACAAAAGGUCAUAAUAAAUGUGGUACACAAAUGGGUGAUGUUUAUUCAUUUGGUAUUAUUAUGCAAGAAGUUGUUGUACGUGGUGAACCAUAUUGUAUGCUAUCAUUAUCACCAGAAGAAAUUAUAACAAAAAUAAAGAAACCCCCACCAUUAAUUAGACCAUCGGUAUCAAAAGGUGCAGCACCACCCGAAGCAAUUAAUAUUAUGAGACAAUGUUGGGCUGAACAACCAGAUAUGAGACCGGAUUUUAUAUCAGUUUAUGAACGUUUUAAAAUGUUAAAUCAUGGUAGAAAAGUGAAUUUUGUUGAUACAAUGUUUCAAAUGCUCGAAAAAUAUUCAAAUAAUUUGGAGGAGCUUAUACGAGAACGUACUGAACAAUUGGAUAUUGAAAGAAAAAAGACUGAACAAUUAUUGAAUAGAAUGUUACCCAGCUCUGUCGCUGAAAAACUUAAAAUGGGUUUGGCUGUGGAUCCUGAAGAAUUUUCGGAUGUAACAAUAUAUUUUAGUGAUAUCGUUGGUUUUACAACGAUUGCAGCACAUUGUAGUCCUGUUCAAGUGGUGGAUUUAUUAAAUGAUCUAUAUACAAUAUUUGAUGCUACAAUAAAUGCAUACAAUGUAUAUAAGGUUGAAACUAUAGGUGAUGCUUACAUGGUUGUUAGCGGUUUACCAGUCAGAAUACCAGAUCACGCUGAACAAAUUGCAACAAUGGCCUUAGAUCUAUUACAUCAAAGUGGUAGCUUUAAAGUAAAACAUUUACCUGGCGUACCAUUACAAUUAAGAAUUGGAUUACAUACUGGUCCAUGUUGUGCUGGUGUAGUUGGAUUAACAAUGCCUCGUUAUUGUUUAUUUGGUGAUACAGUAAAUACAGCUUCAAGAAUGGAAUCUACAGGAUCUUCAUCACGUAUUCAUAUGUCAGAAGCAACUCGUGAUCGUCUAGAAAAAGCUGGUGGUUAUAGUAUUGAAGCAAGAGGUCCAAUCGAAAUCAAAGGUAAAGGACUAAUGAAUACAUUUUGGUUAUUAAGUAAAAAAGGAUUUGAUAAACCAUUACCGGUACCACCACCUAUUGGUGAAUCUCAUGGUCUUGAUGAAUCACUUGUUAAUAAGUGCAUUACAUUACAAAGUUCACCAUUAACAAAUGCCAAUAGUACAAAUCCAUCAUCAAGUCAAUCAUCAUCAUUAGCUGGUGAAUCAGUUGAAGUUAAAGUUGAAAUAACACCGCCAACAAAUACAAAUGAAACUCCUAUAAAUAUAAUGUUAUCAAAUUCAUAUUCAUUAGAUUCAUCUACAACAAUAAAUUUAAGUCCAAAUAUUAUAUCGAUAAAUAGUGGUGUACCUGGUAGUGUUGGUAGUAGUGAUGUAUCAUCAACAAAAUCAAUUAGCCCACAAACACGUAAAUUAUCAGAAUUACAAACUGUUACAGAAAAUCUUUUAAUACCAGGUUCAUUUAAUCGUAUGCCAGCAUCAACAUCCUCAUCAUCAUCAAGAAUAUAUAAACGUUUUGAAGAAAUUAUGGAUUUAAGUUUACCAUAUAAUAGUUAUAAAUGUUUAAGUCCAUCCGAAAAUAAUUUAUCACAAUUUAUGGACGGUAAAUAUAUAUAUGGAGCACAUCAUGGUAAUAUAGGUGGUAGUAGUAUUGGUGUUGCUGGUGUCGGUGGUAGUAGUAGCGGUGGUGGUACAUCUGGUAUGUGUGGUGGUAUCGGCGGUGGAAGUAUUAAACAUUAUGAUAAUAAACCAGGUUCAAGUCGCCUACUAAGACGUCAAUUUAGUUUAGAUAAAGAUGAUGCACCAUCAUCAAAUCAAUUACAGCAAUUACAUGCAGCUGCAGCAUCAAUACAACAAGCUUUAAAUACAUCAAAUCAAUCAGUAUCACAAACAAAUAAUUAUAAUACAUUAACAACUACUGGUGGACAUAAACAAACCUUAGAUAUACCAAUAUUACAAGAGAAUCGUUGGAGUCCAAAAGGACAAUUGGGUAGAUUACAUAAACAAAAUUCACAAUCAAUUAAUCAAGAUUUAGAAAAAAUUGAAGAAAUUCCAAUGUCACCAUCAAGUUCAUCACAACAACAUAGCGGCAGUAUUGAUAGUAAUUUAAAUCGCAGUCCAACAAAUAGUUAUACUAGUGAAUUUAUAAAUAAUGAACGUAAAAAUAGUGAAAAUAAUGGAAAUAAUACUAGAUCUCCAGGACAUGAUAAUCUUCAAAAAAGACCUAAUCAAGAAAUUACAUUGAAUGUUGAAAAUUUAGUGCAUAGAUAGGAAACAAUUUAAAAAAAAAAAAUCAAAUUUAAAAAAUGAACAGGUAAUAUAAAAUUACGUGUACGGGAAGAAAUUUUAAAGAAAUUCUAAAUAUUUUAACAAAAAAUUUUAUUUCCUUACCUUCUUUAAUUUACUAUUGGUACAGGGGAGCAAAAUCACCUACAUUUUAUGACUAAAUAAAAUUUGGUUUUUAUCACUCCUGUACUAUACCAGAUUUUAACACUAACAAAAAUACUAAAGUUAUGUGACAUUUUUCCAAAUUUCUACUAUCAUUAUUCUAAAAUAACCUAACAGAUGGCGUUAGUUGCCAUUUUUAACAUUAUUUAUUUAUUUCUAACCACCACAACCCUCCUGUUACGUUAAAGUAUUUUUGAUUUAAAAUAAUAAUAAUUGUUAAUUCAAAAGAGCAAUACUGUUAAUUUAACAGUAAAAAAGUUUAUUGUACCGUUAAUUUUUUCUGUAAUUAAAAAUUUAUUUUUCAUAUUUAAAUUCUUCCAAACCAGGGAAAUUUUAAUAAAUUAGAAUGUGUCAAAAAAUAUUUAUUAAGCGGGACGAUAUGAAAAAUGUCAUUAUUUACUGUAUUCUAUAAUAUACUCGUACUAAAACUAUAAAAGAAACUAUUUUAGAAUUAAAAAAUAAAAUUAAAAACUAUUUAUUAAGUAGUAAAAAAAAUGGUUAAAUUUUUUUUAGAAAAUUUUAACCAAAAAUCGUCGGCAUCUUAGUUUAAAAAAAAAAAUGGGGAAUAAAGAAUGAUUAAAUUUUUAAAGUUUGACAUUUAUGGAAAAGCGGUAUGUGCACGAAAGCUUUAUUUUUAAGUCUCCGUCAAAACAAAACAAAAUUAAAAAAUAUUUAAAACUAAUUUAAUUUUAUUUUUUCGUUGUUACUAGCAAAUAGAAUAAUUAAUUAUGAAAAAAUUAGUUCAUUUUUAAAAUUUAUUAAAAUUUUAAUGUUGCUGUGUAUAAAAUAAAAUUAUGUCUAAAAUAUAUUUAACAAAAUGUGAAAAUAUUUAUGAUUAAAAGUUACGAGAAAAAAAAUAAAAUACUUAAAAGUACUUACUCUUAUUGUGAAUAAAUUGAAAUUAAAUUGAAAAAAUUUUAGAAAACCAACAAAAAAUGAAAAUUAUUAAAUGUAAAAGAAAUAAAAAAUAUUUGA